UGACACGGAGAAAUUCGAGAAAGCGCAUCCCGAAUUUCGAGUCGGUAUUUCCUCCUUCAUUUAUCGGCAUUUUCUAAGAGUUUGGGAGCACUCUGUGGUAAAAGAAGGGUCUUUGAAAUGCCAAGCAAGAAGAAGAAGUACAACGCAAGAUUCCCACCUGCACGUAUCAAGAAAAUUAUGCAGAAAGAUGAAGAUGUUGGAAAAGUGGCAGCUCCUGUGCCUGUGCUUAUAUCCAAAGCCUUGGAGAUCUUUGUCGAAGGUCUUAUAACAAAAGCAUCGCAGGAAACCCUCUCAAGGAAUGCAAAGACUCUUACCACAUCUCACAUAAAGCAAUGCAUUGAGCAAGAAAACAAGUUUGACUUCUUGAAGGAUCUGGUGGAAAAUGUACCCACUAUUUCAUGCGAAGAUGACGACUCAAACAGUGGAUCAAUACAAUCUGAUAAACUUCCAAAUUCAAGAAGAAGAAAAGGUAUAAGAAGGGAUGCCUCAGCUCAAAGCAGUGUCCAGUCAGUAGAUGAACCAUCAUCAGAUGAGGAUUCUUUUGAAUCUGACGAAUCAGAGGGUAAAGACGAGAGACAAAGACAUCCAGCAGAGACCAGUAAUGCCUCAGCAGCUAAUUCAUCAUCAUCAUCAUCAUCACAUCCAGCAUUUCACACAGUACCCCAAGCCUACCAUAAUAGCUUUCCUUAUCCAGGGCAGCUUGCAUCAGGCACCAUGUACCCUUCCGCAAUGCCUCCACCCACGAUGCCUCCGCCGCCUCUACUACCUCCUCAACACGGCGCCCUCUCUGGCAACACACCGGCCAUGGGGGCGUACCUCGCACCCCAGCCGCAGGCCUCACGGAACAAUGACAAUGAUGAGGAUAGCGAUGAAGAUUAUGAUGCGUAGUAGUUUUUGAAGAAAUGUGAAAAACAUUGUGUGAAACAUUUAAAAAAGGACUUUGCCAGGAUGCCUUAAAGAUUGAUUAAGGGAAUGGAUUGUGUAGAUGAGGAGAAAUGGAGACAUUGCUUUGUAAAACAAACCAGAAUGACAUUCAGCGGAGAGAUGCAACUUCUUUUUACCUGCAGAGUUGGCUCAACAUGAAGGAGAUAUUGGCUUGUAUUAACAAGCCAAGAUGAUGUUCAGCAGAGAGAUGCAACUUCUUUUCUACCUGCAGAGUUUGCCCAGCAUGAAGGAGAUAUUGGCUUGUAUUAACAAGUCAGGAUGACAUUCAUCAGAGAGUUGCAACUUCUUUCUACCUGCAGAGUUAGCCCAGCCUGAAGAAGACAUUGCUUUGUAAAAAACAAGUCAGGAUGACAUUCACCAGAGAGAUGCAACCUCUUUUCUACCUGCACACUUGGCCCAACUUGAAGGAGGCUUUGCUUUGUGUAAACAAACCUGGGCCCUGUCUUACAAAGAAUUACGAUUGAUCCAAUCAAUCUCAAGUGUAUGGAAAUCCAUCUAUGUCAUAAUUUUUUUCUUUAGGAAAUUUGCUCA